UGUCACGGCCCUGGCCCCAGGUUCCUCCGCGGGCGGUUUCCCUGGGAACCAGCGCGAGCCGGGGCUGCGCUCUGUUUCGCGGGGCCUAAGAGGCGGCCUCGGGUUGACUUCAGGCAUGUUGGGCUCUCCGGGAGGGAGAAGAGGCACCUUUGCCGUGGAUUGAGGACUCCUAGAACCAACCUGAGACUCCGCGGCCAAAUACACCUUACGACGUACUGUGAGCUUCUUGAGAACAGGCACAAGGUCUGACAUGCGUAGAUACCUGAAACCCUGAACUACAAUAUAUGUGAAAUACAGUGAAUGGCAGAAAUACUUUGAUAAAAGAUAUAAAUGCCUACAGACUGCAGAAGACAACAUCAACAAAGCACACUUCACAAAAAGUACGACACAAAUAUACUGCCCAGGUUCUAAAACAUGUAUAAGAGUUGACAAAAUCAGCUGAGGUUGAACAGAAAUUGUAUAGGAAAAAAUAGGAAAAACAGAGACCAAUCUCAGCUGCAAGAAGGCUCAGCUAGACACUGCAAGCAAAAGUAUAACUCCUGAAGCUUUUCCAGAGGUGUCCUGCAUGCUGAAUGGACAUGUCUGCCAAGCAUCUGCUAUGUCUUUGCCAGGCCCCUUGUGAAAUGGUGCUCUUAAGACUUCUCAACAGAAUAUGACCGAAGAAUUAAGAUACAGGAAAAGACCUUAACUGAGGGAUAGUUUCCUGCUGUGUCCUCGGAACCCCAGGGCCUGGCUCAGGGAGACAAAACAGACUGCAGGGAGGAAGUGCAGACACCGGGAGACCUGUGGGAAGCUGCUGGAGUGACCCCGGAGAACCACGAUGCGGGUUCUGAAGAGGAAGGGGCAGUGGAGAUAGCUCCCUAUCUCUGCGAUAGUGAGAUGACAGAUUCUGAGUAUAUUUUCAAGGUGGAGCCAAUAAGAUUUGCUGAAAGAUUGGAUUGCAGUGUGAAGAAAGAGAGGAGCAGAAGAUGACUUCAAGGUUCUAGACCUUUUGGAAGGAAGGAAUGUUCAUCAACAGAGAUGGGAAAGGUUACAGAUGGAGCAUGUUUGUGGGAAAAGGCCAGGAGUUCCAUUUUGGGCAUGUUGGGUUUGAGAUGUUUAUGGAAAUAUUAAGGGCUCCAUACUAGAACUACGAACAGGGAUGGGGUCAAGAAAUUAAAAAGAUACCUACAGCCCUGGCUUUGCUCUAAUCUAAGUGGCCAGAGAACAGAAAGAAAAUCUGACUGUGCACGAGCGAAGGGUGACACCGGGCGUGCAGCACCGACCUGAAGGCACCUCUUCAAGGGGAGCCCAAAAUUUGAAGAUUCUCUUUCCUGUUGGAGACUACAAACCAAAUAAAUAGAAAAAACUAUCCAAGAUGACUGUCACUUACUCCAGUAAAGUAGCAAAUGCAACUUUUUUUGGAUUUCAUAGGUUACUCUUCAAGUGGAGAGGCAGCAUCUACAAACUACUGUACAGGGAAUUUAUUGUUUUUGCUGUUCUAUAUACAGCAAUAAGUUUGGUGUACAGAUUGUUACUUACAGGAGCCCAAAAACGUUACUUUGAAAAAUUAUCAAUUUACUGUGACAGAUAUGCUGAACAAAUUCCAGUAACCUUUGUGCUUGGGUUUUAUGUUACUCUGGUAGUGAACCGAUGGUGGAACCAGUUUGUGAAUUUGCCCUGGCCAGACAGGCUAAUGUUCCUCAUCUCCAGCAGUGUUCACGGAAGCGACGAGCACGGGCGCCUGCUUAGAAGGACGCUGAUGCGCUACGUCAAUCUCACCUCCCUGCUCAUCUUUCGCUCGGUGAGCACUGCUGUGUACAAAAGGUUUCCCACAAUGGACCACGUGGUUGAAGCAGGUUUUAUGACAACAGAUGAAAGGAAAUUAUUCAACCACCUCAAGUCUCCUCAUCUGAAAUAUUGGGUUCCAUUCAUCUGGUUUGGAAAUCUUGCAACUAAAGCCCGGAAUGAAGGUAGAAUCAGAGACAGUGUUGAUCUGCAAUCAUUGAUGACUGAAAUGAAUCGAUACCGCUCUUGGUGCAGCCUCUUAUUCGGUUAUGACUGGGUUGGGAUUCCGCUGGUUUACACCCAGGUUGUCACUCUUGCUGUCUAUACCUUCUUCUUUGCGUGCCUGAUUGGACGCCAGUUUUUGGAUCCCACCAAAGGCUACGCAGGGCAUGACUUGGAUCUUUACAUUCCAAUCUUCACCCUCCUACAAUUCUUCUUCUAUGCAGGAUGGCUCAAGGUAGCAGAGCAGCUUAUCAACCCUUUUGGAGAAGAUGAUGAUGAUUUUGAAACUAACUGGUGCAUUGACAGAAAUUUGCAGGUCUCUCUUUUAGCUGUGGACGAAAUGCACAUGAGCUUACCCAAGAUGAAGAAGGACAUUUACUGGGACGAUUCUGCUGCUCGCCCACCAUACACAUUGGCAGCUGCCGACUACUGCAUACCCUCAUUUCUGGGGUCAACAGUCCAGAUGGGGCUGUCUGGGUCUGACUUUCCUGACGAGGAGUGGCUGUGGGAUUACGAGAAGCAUGGCCAUCGGCAUUCCAUGAUAAGAAGAGUCAAGCGGUUCCUGAGUGCCCACGAACACCCCUCCAGCCCCAGAAGAAGAAGCUACGGGAGGCAGACAAGUGACAGCUCCAUGUUCUUACCCCGAGAUGACCUCAGCCCAGCCAGGGAUCUACUGGAUGUGCCCUCAAGAAAUCCCCACAGGGCCUCACCCACCUGGAAGAAAUCCUGCUUCCCAGAAGGAAGCCCCACGCUGCACUUCAGCAUGGGAGAGCUGUCCACCAUCAGGGAGACCAGCCAGACAAGCACUUUACAGAGCCUGACCCCACAGUCCAGUGUGAGAACUUCCCCCAUCAAAAUGCCACUGGUACCCGAGGUAUUCAUCACAGCGGCCGAAGCACCAGUGCCCACAUCAGACAGCUACCACCAUGACUCCGCUACCUCCAUCCUGAGCUCUGAGUUUACAGGGGUUCAGCCAAGCAAGACUGAGCAGAAGCAGGGCCUCAUGGGAUCCAUCCUGUCUCCCUCAGAGAAGGAGACACCUCCUGGAGGCCCCAGUCCCCAGACUGUUUCAGCCAUCGCUGAGGAAAACAUAUUCAACUGUGAAGGAGACCCUGGUGAUACCUUUCUAAAAAGGUGGAGUCUUCCGGGAUUCCUGGACUCCAGCCACACUUCCCUGGGAAACUUAAGUCCAGAUCCCAUGAGCUCUCAGCCAGCUCUUUUAAUUGACACAGAAACAUCCUCAGAGAUCAAUGGGAUCAACAUUGUGGCUGGCUCUCGAGUCUCUCCUGAUAUGCUGUAUUUAAUGGAAAACCUGGACACCAAGGAAACAGAUAUCAUAGAGCUGAACAACAAGGAAACUGAGGAAUCACCCAAAUGAGUGACACAAAGUUCUAGGACCAGGUUCUAGCCUAGAUUCUUAUCUCCCCAAAAGCAGCGUAUUAGGCCCAGGACAUACCUGAAGGCUGGUCAACUUUUAAAAACAUGAUCACACUGUAUAAGCUACUUAGAACUUUGAAGGGCAUUAUGAUCCUGACUUUUUGAGAGGUGCGAAAAAUCAAACGCAUUCAUGUCAUCCAUCACAACAUGGCUUUCAUCGGAAGUUACACAGACCACAAUGACUUAACCAAAUAAGUCUUAACCAAAAAAGGAAUCUGAAAAACGUACAUGACUUAUAAAUUCAUAGAUUAUUAGUUGUGGAAACAGUCUCAUAGGUCAUAGUCCAAUCCCCUAGACCCAAAGGCCCAGACACACAGGGUUCUCUAUUUCUCUUCUUUUUUCUCUUUCUUCUUUUCUUUAGCCAUAAAGAAAGGAGAUGGAUCACCUAAUGCCUGAAAGACCCCCUCCUUCCUAACUUUUUUGUUUGAGGCUUUCUAACCAUCUCAUUCCUACUUUCUAUAACUAUUAUUGUUAUUAUCACUUCCUGAUUCUUAAGCUUCAUCAGCACCAGAACACUUCAUUCUCUUCAAUUUCCUUUUCUACUUUUCUCUCUUUCCCCUUUAUUCUGUCAUCCUUUUUUUCCCUUCCCUUCUCUCUGGUUGUGCUGCUUUUCUAGUAAUCUGUCCCAUUUUUCAGGUUAUAAUAUUUCCUCUUGCCAAAUCUGUUGCUUAUGUCUUGCCAUGAAUUUCAAAAUAUAAGACAUUGGCAAGGCCUCCUACAGAACCAUCAAAGGUGUCAACAAAUCCAGCCUGAUAUCCUUCCAGCCUCACUUCCAGUGCAAGGCAUAUAGGAGUGAUGGUUCCCCCCGCACCCUUGCAGCCAUUGACAUUUCUUUCUGCUUCCACUAUUUGGUCUUGGGCACUGGAGAAAAAGGAAGCCAAGAGAAUAUGAAAUUUGCAUAGCCAAAUGCUAUGGAACCAAAGAAUAAGAUGACUCACGUCUGUUUAACUUGAACUCUUAUGCAAAAAUCCUAUUCGUGUCGCAACAUGGGACCAGUUACCGUGUCUAUCGGGUCAUUUGGGAAUGAGGUAGGAUACUGGAGCUGGGAGGCUAAUGGGGUCCAGAGCUGCAUAAUGGGGAUCGGAUGUUGGUACUCCUCCCAGGGAGCUCUCAGGACAGCUGUUUGUCGUGGGCUCCCAAGUGCCUAGGCCAUGCCUUACGACUGCUGCACUUACCAUUUGUCAUAUGAUGGCACUUGACUACAUAUGGCUUUAGAAAUAAAAUAACCCUCAAAACUA